AGUGUAAUUUACAGGUUAUGUCACAAACUCACAAAUCUCGAUUCACAGUACUUGCGUUUGUACUUAUUCAUUGUUCUCAAGACGACUUAACAGUUGGAAUUUGGUUUUAACAGUGUUCAUACUUCACAUACCUAAAUACCUACGUACCACGCGUAGUCAAUACCUAUUCGAACACCACAUAUUUGUACUGUCGUCGUUAUCGUUUGAAGUGUAGUUUAAAACAUGUCGUGGUCUGUAGUUGAGUUUACUACCGACAAUUCAAUGUAUGUUGUACCAUCUUUUUGGUUAAAACAAGAUGAGUGUGCUUGGCCAACACAAAAUGUAUCCAAAUUUAUUACUCGACGCAAGCAGCCGAAUGAAAUAGAAUUCAUUUAUCUAGACGCAAAACAAAUUGGUAAAGCAUUAGACUCAUAUGAAGAUGCAAAAGGUCAAUUGUCCAUAGCAGAAUUUACAUCAGAUAUGUCAUCAAGUGAAAAUAAGAAGAGUAGAAAAGUCCGAAGAAAGAGGCCUUGUGAUUCGGAUGUUGAUAGUAUAAUAGUGAAACACAAAAAAAAAGUAUUGCCGAAAUCUGUAAAAGAGAAGAGUUCUAAUAACUUAUGGAAUGUAUUAUCCACUGAUGGAUCAUCAAGCGAAGAUGAUGAAAUUGCAAUUGAGAAAGGAGACCACGCUUUAAAGACAUUGUUACCAAACUGUGCCCACACAUCAAUUAGUUCAUCAAUUACAGAGGUCACCAUUCCUGCAGUCGAUAAACAUUUAGUUCAUGAAAAGAGCUUUAAUUCAUUAAAUAUAUUAUCUGCGGAUGAUUUUCAAAGUACUGUUUUAAGCUACCUUGCCAAAAUAAGUGUUGAUAUAGGAGAAAUCAACAAAACAUUAAACAGGCAUGAAGAUAUUCUAAAUACUUCAUCUUUUGGAAAUAGAACCAACGAAAGUUCCUCUUCUGAUAUUAACCAGCAUUCAAAUUUACGAUUUCCAAUACAAAAUAUGACUGAACUUGAACAAUGUGAAGAAUAUUUAACUGAUAAUACAUUUAAAUCAAAAAUGGUAACACAAUUAAGUUAUCUAGCAAAAAAAUCGUUAUCCAGUACUGUCAGACAAAUAACAUCUAGAUUGAUAAGUGAUACAGUUUUACAAGAAUUUAGCUAUAUUGGACAAAAGAAGAAGAAAAUAUUUAAUAAAUUAUUGAUUUGCAAUCUCAUUAUAGAUGCUGUCAGAAAUAUAUCAAAGUUUUCCAAUGCUGUAAAUUUAGAAAUUGAAGAACCACUGAAAGUUUUUAUAGCAGGUGCAAAGUCUAGAAUAAAAAUAUAAGUGGAUAUUUUAUAUUAUAUUAUACAAGUUACAAUCAUUAUACAUACUUAUAAUAUGUAUAGUUAUUCAGAUUUAUAUGUUAGUACUAUGAUAUUGCAGUUAAUUAUUCAUUAUUUUAAACUUUUUUUUCAAAUUUUAAAUUUUUA